ACAAUUCUUUGAUUUUUCUUUUUCUGCUCCAAACACAUAACCAUACUAUAUUAUGUUAACCCAUUUUUUAAUCACAACUAAGGUAGCUUCAUUUGGUGGCAGACUUUGCUGGUGAAGCGAAUUUUGUUUCCUAGUCGUUGGCCUUUCACUGUCUCUCUCUCCUUCUCCUCUUAUCUGAAUCAUCCUCUCUCUGUGAGUGAGGUGACUCGUUGUUGUUUGUGACCCGGCGAUUCGUUCCUUUGACUCCAUUCGAAGCAACCCUUUGUCUUUCUUAAGCAGUUUCCUGUGAUGGGCUUUGGAUUUUUCUUUUGGAUUCCCUGUGAUCACCUGGGAACUGGGUUGUUCAAAUUGAAUUUUUUGUGAGGUAUGCUGUGUUUGGGGUUUGACAUGGUUGAGGUUGACUCUGAAAGAUUGAAACUUGAGAGUAGAGGAGUGGGGAUUUGGCUGAGAAUUGCAUGUGGGUGGUUGGUGUUUAUGCUGUUUUUCAGUCCUGUGGCAGGUUUGAGACCCUUGAGGGACAGAACUAAUUCAUGGGGUGAUGAGUGGGUUUUUACAAGAAAAGACGAAAGUGACUUAGGUCCAUUUUCACAAUGGAACAUAAGUGGAACUUACAGAGGGAAUUGGAAGUUUUUAGAUACUACAAAUGGUUCUACCGGAUUUCCAGACAUCAGAAAAAUAAAUGGAAAUUCUGUAAUUGAAUUAGUUAGUAUGCCCACAAAGAUAACUGGUGUACAUUAUGUGCAGGGGGUAGUCAUAUUCCAUGAUGUAUUUGACAAUGAAUACAAUGUUGGUGGAGCUCAAAUCAGAGUAGAAGGUGUAUAUAUAUGGCCUUAUAGGCAGCUUCGAAUGGUAGCCAACAGUGGAAAAGAGGUGGGGUUAAAUCAGGAUGGAGAUUAUAUUUUAUCCAAUCCAUAUCAUCUGCUUGGAGUUUUCUCAUCACAAGUAUUCCAAGAGUCUUCACAACAUAAGAUGUGGAGAAGAAAGCAUUCUCCAUUACAUGGCAUGGAGAAACAUUGCAAUGUAGAAAUCGCUGCACAUGUUUCACGCCUGUCAUCAUCAAAACAUGAAGGGGAGCACGAUUCUUUCCAGCUAGAAGGGUUAAUGGAGAGUCCGUCCGUGGAUGACGAUGGGGACUGCUUCUCGCCUUUACAGUUAAACGCAACAUCCAUCAACAUUGAAGUCUACUAUAAUAAAGCAUUGAACUAUACCUUGAUGGUUACUUUUAUCUCAUUUUUGCAAGUUCUUCUAUUAAUUCGGCAAAUGGAGCAUAGCAACACCCAAUCUGGGGCUGCUAAGGUUUCAAUAUUAAUGAUUGGUCAGCAAGCCAUAGUAGAUGCUUAUCUUUGCCUUACACAUUUGACUGCAGGAAUACUAGUUGAAUCCCUGUUCAAUGCUUUUGCAACUGCUGCAUUUUUCAAGUUUGUGGUUUUCUCAAUAUUUGAGAUGAGAUAUCUCCUUGCCAUCUGGAAGGCAAGUAGGCCUUUGAGCAAUGGUGAAGGUUGGGAGACAAUGAGACGUGAAUUGUCAGUUUUAUACAGCCGUUUCUAUGGGAUCCUAUUGGGAGGCAUACUGCUCAUGUAUGAAUUCCACAAUCAUUUGAGACCUAUUCUUCUUCUUGUAUACUCAUUUUGGAUACCUCAAAUAAUCACCAAUGUUAUUCGUGACUCGCGCAAGCCUUUGCAUCCUCAUUAUAUCUUAGGCAUAACUGUUACUCGGCUAGCAAUCCCAUUAUAUAUUUUUGGUUGUCCUAACAACUUCUUGCACAUAGAACCAGAUCAGAGCUGGUGUGUUUGUUUGGCUAUAUUUGUUGGACUUCAAGCUGCAAUUCUCUUGCUUCAGCACUAUUUUGGGUCCUUGUGGUUCAUUCCUCGUCAGUUUCUACCUGAGAAAUACUGCUAUUAUCGGAGGUUUGCUCAAGAUACAAAUCAUGCCACAGACUGCGUUAUAUGCAUGACAGCCAUUGAUCUUUCUCCGCGAUCUAAUGAUUGCAUGGUGACCCCUUGUGAUCAUUUUUUCCACUCUGGCUGUUUGCAAAGAUGGAUGGAUAUAAAGAUGGAGUGCCCUACUUGCCGGGGCCCUCUUCCACCUGCAUAAAGAGAUUUCUAGUGUUCAUAUCAAGAGAAUCAACUCACACUGCCCAACAACAUAAUUUUGGUUGGGAUAGAAUCCAUAUUCCGUAUAAUUGCACCUUCAGUACAAUACUGAAAUACGAUACUUCUCACAAUUGUAUCAUGCAGCAUUGUUAUAAUUUUAGACUCUUUUUUUCCUCUCCUUUUUAUUUCACUGGUUAUGUAUCAAUAUCAAGUUGUACAUUAGAAAUUCAAUAUGAUGAUCUUUUGACAUCCA